AAUAAUUGCGAUAAAUAAGAUCAAGCGUCAAAAUCACAAAAAUAUGGCGUGAGAAAAAAAGUAAAAAGCAGGGCAGUGGCAGGCGCAGCCCCCUCUGUAUCAUCUCUCUCGCCUGAAAAAUGAGAACCAAAAGAAAAUCUUUGAUUGAGGAAAGGUAUCAUGGGAUCAGAAGGAGGCAAUUGAGUUUUCUAAAGAUGGUACAAGAAAGAGCUGCGAAAAUGCAAACAUCAUUGGUGCCGUUUUUACCUAAUGAUUUGAUGUUUAAGGUCUUUCUUUUACUACCCAUUAAAUCUCUUUUGAGGUUUACUUCUGUUUGUAAGGCAUGGUAUAAGCUGAUUCAUUGUGCUGAAUUUGUUGAGGCUUACAAUACUCAUGCUCAGACUACCCCAAUCAUACUCCGAGGGGUCGAUAAUGACAGACCGAACACUUUCCAUGUCGAAACCCAACUCAGUCAGUCCGAAAACUUUUGCUUGUUCCCUUGUAGCUCGGGGUUAAAACGAAGCAAGUUCAUCCAUUUCUUGGAGAUUGAAAAUGAGAAGGCUAAGUUAAUUGACCUCAAUAUUAGCUGUUCUGGCACAGUUGUGUCCACUUGCAAUGGAUUGGUUUUGAUCAUUUCUAUGCAUGAAGGACUUAGGAGGCAUAUAUAUUCUUCCUCUGAGCUGCCAUUGGUCAACAGUCGAGAAAAACCAGGACGGCUAAUUGUGAUGAAUCCUAUGACUAGGAAAUUGAUAGGGUUUCCUCUAGGCACUCUUCCUAGUAAACAUAACGAUGAGUCGUAUGGGCUAGUUUUUAGUCAUUCAAAGGGUGUUUAUAAAGUGGUGCAUUUGUUCAAGGAUAAAUUAGGGUUUAUCGGUUGUGAGAUUUUGAGCUUGAAGACAAGAUCAUGGAAAUCGGUUGAUGGGCCGGUGGGAGCACUUUUUCAUAAAUUAGGCCAAACACCCAUAUCAGUACUUGGAGCUUUGCACUGGUUUCCCGGCCCAUCUGGUACUGAUUAUAUAAUUUCUAUGGGGGCCGAUGAUGAAAAAUUCUCCGCGAUAAACCUUCCAAAGACUAUGGGUGUACAUGAUAGGCUAGUUGAAAUGGGUGGUUUUCUGAGCUUUGUGAACAGUUUGGACAAAGACCACAUAGAGGUGUGGGUCUUGAAAGGGAUAGAAGGAACAGAAUGGGUCAAACAACACACCAUUCGUAUCGAUGCUAUUUUGGGUUAUGUGGAUAAUGAUGAGUACUCAUUACCUUCUUUUGGUUUGAAUGGCAAAGAAAUGGUGUUUAGGAGAAGAGAGAGAUUCUAUUCAUACGACUUUGAGCUUGAAGAAAUCAGAGAGAUUGAAAUGGACCAUGGAAGGAUUAAGACCUAUGAUAAUAUCAUGCCUCACUCGAAUAACCUUGCUACUUGGGAACCUCUUGAACCUAUGAGUUAAACUCGGAGAAUUAUGCCUUGAAGGUUGAAGCUCUUGAAGGCCUGAAGCUGCUCGAGAACAUCUGAAUAUAAACAUUAAUAUUAAUAUUAUCACCGUGUUCAUAUUUUUCACCCCCUUAACAUGUUUAAUCAUAAUUAUUUGACACUUUCGAUUAGCUUGAUGAUUGUGACGGACUGACGGUAAUGUGGCCUGAAUAUAGUUAUACUGUCCAAUGUCCACAUAUACUCUCUUGUAUAUAUGGAAGAUAUUGCAGCGAGUUAAUGGAGUAUUUUAAUUUAGUAA